AUGCGUGUCAUUUUCGAUAUCCCUACUUUUACCCCAUUUUGGUCUAGACCAUCCACUUUCCACCAUAUUUCAAUUAAUGCUACCAAACCUCUCUCUGAAGAGCCAAACACUGCUUUGACCAUCUUUGGCACUACCCAGUUUAUUGAAGCACGUAAUUCUAACUACCAUGGCUUUAAAACAAAAGACUUGGAAGUUAAGGCUUAUACGAUUCUACAAAGGCAAGCUUACAUGCUUAUGAGAUGGUGUAUCAUCAGAUACUCCAUUGAAUGUUUGGUUAAUAUCAAUCUUAUUCAACCUGCAAUUUAUAAACUAACCCCAGAUAACUUCUUGCCUUCUCUUGAAGAAGUCAAGGCUUAUAUUGACAAUCCUAAGUUUUUAUGGCGGUUUUCUUUGCAUAAUUAUUACGAAUUUAUUAAAUUGUUCCAACCUCAUGAUAGGGCUAUUAAACUGCUGAACCUUAUCAUGUCCUUCAAUGAUGGGUCUGGUAUUGUUCCCUUUGCAAGGGCAAAACAUACCAAACUUAUCAACAGUUUCAAGGAAAAGUUCCAAGUACGAGAUAUCACAAUGUCGCAUUUCUCAUUACAUAAAAUUGAUGAUAUGAAUAAGACAUGUUUUAAGUUUCAGUUAAAUGAAUAUGAAACUAUAGAAUAUUUAUAUUCUGAUGAUUUCAUGUUAUUCCAAAUGGAUGGAAUCACAACUUAUGAAGAGUUUACUCAUUUAUUAAUUGCUGGUCAAUGCUUGAGGUACAACUCUAAGAUUCUUGAAUCAAAAGUUGAACUAGAUAAAAGGAACCAUGGGAAUAGAAAACUAAUCUCGCUCGCCAAAAAGAGGGAAAAAAUUAAAGAUUUGAGAAAUGUUUUUAAGAAAUCAAAUAAUUGUAAAAAAUCCAAACAUAGAAUUAUUGGUGACUCUACUACAAUUGAACCUUAUCAAAAAGAUGAUGAAAAAUUGUCAAUCUUAUCAAAGCUGAACCAAUUGCUCAAGGAUGCGAGGGGAAUUAAUUUCCCUGAAUUAAAUAAAAUGAUCGAAAAAAUUGAGGUUACUCCUUACAGUUUUUAUGGUGAAUUUAGAAAGGAAUUGGCUUUUAUUUCCAAAUUUGCAAUUAGGAAAUUUGUUGAAGAUCAAAGAUCCAAGACAAUAAUUACAAAUAGGCUUUACUUAAUGUCUACCUGGAGUCAUGCUGCUAUGAUGGUUGAGAGUAACCAUCCACAUAGUUUUUACAAGUUUCUAUAUACAUAUGUUAGUUUCCAAUGUUCAAGUGAUUACACAAAAAUGUUUCAUGAUGCUGGUGAUCCAAUUAGAUACGGUUGGUCAUUUCCAAAACUAUCAGUGGAUUUUGAUGUUGUACAAAAAUAUUAUACAAAGCUUAUACCACAAGAGUAUUUAGUUGAUUGUUAUAGGCAUAGAUUAAAGACAAAAAAAUGGAAAUCGGUUAUGAACAGGUUUUCAGAUGCUAUUAAGGUGGAAUUUAGAGAUCAACUGGGCUUGAAAGCUGUUAGAAUCACACCAGAAGAAGUUGAAAGAGAUGUAUUAGUUGAAAAUAUGUUUGUGGAAAUUGUUGGUAAAAGAAUGAAGGAAGUUAUUCAAAGUAUCAAUGACGAAUGUUUUACUAAUUAUGAAGCUAAUACUGUUGAUCAAAUAAGGAUUCGGGUAUCCACAUCUAAAAUUUUAGAAGCUACUGUCAUGAAACUAGUCUCUGUUACACCUCAAGAGGUUCAAUUCAAUCUUGUUAUACCUAGAGGUGAUUUUCCAUCUGGAAAUACUACGAAAUUAGUACCAAAUUCAAAUACCAGCCCUAUGAAAGGAAAAUCCGAGGGACCUGUUACUAGAGAUGUUUUAUCUAAAAUGAUAAAGAUGGUUGAGAAAUUUGAAAACCUUCUUGAGAUACUGAUUGAACGUCAUAUUAAUUCUUCUAAAGCGCUGAAUAUUCCUGAUAAAUAUGAGCUAGUUGAUUACAAUCAAGUUUUGAAGUCGGCAUCGGAAUACUUAGCAAACGUAUCUUUGGAAAAUCGUUGUAAUCCUCCCAAAGAAUGUAAGGCUCUUAAAAAAAUUGGUUGUAUUAAAAAUAAGUUAGUUAGAACUUACGACCAUAUAGCCGAACUUAGAAACAACGAUGUUCCAAAACAUGUUAAAAAAGAAUUUAAGAGAUACUUCAAGGUUAUGGUUCCCUUUACUUAUACAGCAGUGGAGACUAAUAACUGUCGUGAAUCUGAUCCGAUCAACUAUGAUCGUUUUGGUAAAGUAGUUGGACUUACUUUAAAGAGUACAAAAAACUCAUGUAUCGAUAAUCAAGUGGUUAUAGCCGAAAACAGUGAGCCUAUUUCUUCCCCUAUUUCGAACGUUGAUGAAGCUUCCCCUACUGUUUCAACUUCUGUUUUUACUUCUACUGUUCCUUCCGAUGUCCCUUCUGGCGUCCCUUCCGGCGUCCCUACAAUUUCCACGUCCAUUUCCUCUGAUGGUUCCAAAUCUAUACCCCAGUCUGUUUCUCCUGCUCGUUUCAAAUCUGUGUCCAAGUCUGUUUCUCCUGCUCGUUCCAAGUCUGUUUCCAAGUCUGUUUCUUUUGCUGAUUCUGAGUCUGUUUCCAAGUCUGUUUCCCCUGCUCGUUCCAAAUCUGUUUCCAAGUCUGUUUCUUUUGCUGAUUCUGAGUCUGUUUCCAAGUCUGUUUCCCCUGCUCGUUCCAAAUCUAUACCCCAGUCUGUUUCUCCUGCUCGUUCCAAAUCUGUUUCCAAGUCUGUUUCUUUUGCUGAUUCUGAGUCUGUUUCCAAGUCUGUUUCUCCUGCUCGUUCCAAGUCUGUUUCCAAGUCUGUUUCUUUUGCUGAUUCUGAGUCUGUUUCCAAGUCUGUUUCUUUUGCUGAUUCUGAGUCUGUGUCCAAGUCUGUUUCGUUUGCUGAUUCCAAAUCUAUACCCCAGUCUGUUUCUUUUGCUGAUUCUGAGUCUGUUUCCAAGUCUGUUUCCCCUGCUCGUUCCAAAUCUGUUUCCAAGUCUGUUUCUUUUGCUGAUUCUGAGUCUGUUUCCAAGUCUGUUUCGUUUGCUGAUUCCAAAUCUAUACCCCAGUCUGUUUCUCCUGCUCGUUCCAAAUCUGUUUCCAAGUCUGUUUCUUUUGCUGAUUCUGAGUCUGUUUCCAAGUCUGUUUCUCCUGCUCGUUCCAAGUCUAUACCCCAGUCUGUUUCUUUUGCUGAUUCUGAGUCUGUUUCCACGUCUGUUUACAAGUCCGUCUCUGUUGAUGGUUCUAUGUCUUUAUCUCCUGUUGUUUCUAAAGCUGGCAUCCCUUAUGUUUCCACUUGUGAUACCCGUUAUGAUACAGCUUCUGAUGCGGUCUCUUUUGCCACUUCUGUCUCAGCUUCGACAACGCCUCCUAUUACCCUUCCCGUUGCUCCUCCUGUCUCAAUCCCAACUGAUGCUGAAAUCAAUCAUAGUGUCCCCUGUUCAAGGUCCCUAGUUCUCGAAAAUACUCUAGUAAAUCUACAUAGAGCUGCCUUUUCCAAUGACUCAGAUAGUGAUGAACUUAUUGUUGAUACUUUUGAGAAUCCAGAAUGUGACGUUCCCAAUGAAUUCACUUUUAGCCAUGAAAGACUCCUUGACUCUGAGCUUGAUACAUUUGGUCCUCUGUAUCAUGUUCGUAAUGUUCAAAUGUUCGAAAGAAUGGUUAAAUAUGACAAUCGUGGGAAUUAUGAUGAAUUUGUCGAUGCCAUGGUGAUUCCGGAUUUUCAUGAUGACAGCUAUUUUGACCUAGUUUUAGAGCUUUGUGAGCCUGGUAGUGCGAAACAAUUCUUACAAAAAAAAAUCCAGAUUGAUGAAGUUAAGAUAAAGCCAUUUAACCUAAGUCAUAUAUACUUCAUUAGACAAUUAGAAGAUAAAUUCAAAAAAAAUUAUCACAAAAUAAUAUCUGCUAUUAAAAAUGUUUGGCAAUUUUUAACAUACACUAAGCUGAUGACUAUUGAUAUUACUUAUGACAGGUUACUAAGACCAUUUGAUAAAUGUAUGAAAAUUAUUCCAUUUGAAUAUUACUUUUACGAUCCCUGUAUUGAAAUGUUUGAAGGAAUUGGUUCAUACUUAGAGUUGUAUGAUUUAAAACAUGGUGUUGGUGAUUUGUUUAGUGGUAGUUACCAGGAACUAGUUUUUAAAAUCCAACGCUACUCCGAUUAUCAUUCUCUGUUUAUCCAUGCAUGGGCAAAAGAUAGACACCUUAAGGAACUUUGGUAUGCAUAUAGCUACUGCUCUAUGUAUAAGUUUCAUGAUACUACCCUUGGUGAGUUCAAUAACAAAUUAAAAUGGCCUGAACACGCUACAUAUGAUCUAUGCAACGAGCAAUUGCAUCAGAACCUCGAGUUGAAGCGAAUUGUGCCGGUCCUGUUCACUGAAAACCCUGAAAGUAGCUCUUCAGAGUAA